AGUUUCCAGAGCAGCUGCAGUUGAAACUCAGAUAGUAGAUAUAGGAAGCUCCGACCAAGCGGCCUCUGCCCGACCGAAAGCAGUACGAGGCGGCACCCCCGGUCUUUCCUUCUUAUUUAGAGGUUGCACUCGAUCUCUUUCCAUGUUGCCUCGGGCAGGAGCUCCAUUUAUAGCUGCUGAGAGGUUUAACAAGAGAAUUCAUGCGUGCAUAUAUAUAAUAUAAAGCAAUCUUCUUCGAUCUACUGCCUAUAUAUAAAUAAACAUAUAUACGUAUAUAGGUGGAGUUGUCUUAGAAUGGAUCCGGAAUAUUGGAGAUUGAUGGAGAUUUCUCGUACGGGAAACCUUCCCAAUUUCUUUGAAUUCUAUCGUCGGAAUUCAAUUGUUUUGGACCGCUAUAUUGAUGACAGAUUGCUUGUAGAUACCCCUUUACAUGUAGCUGCAUCAAUGGGUAACUCACACUUUGCCGCAGAAGUCUUGAGGUUGAAGCCCUCAUAUGCCUCGAAGUUGAACACAUCCGGCUUAAGUCCCAUCCACGUUGCUCUGCGCAAUGGGCGUGAUGAGGUGGUGGAAAGGUUGGUGGAGCAUGAUAGAAACACGGUCCGACACGAUGCGGGAGAGGGCAGGACGGCUUUGCAUUAUGUGAUUGCACAGCAAAAUAUAAAUCUUUUGAGAUCGUUUCAACUGUCUUGCCCAGACUCCAUUGAAGAUAAAACAAUUAGACGAGAAACCGCACUACAUAUUGCUCUACAACACUACAAUCCGAUGAUUUUUAAGAGGUUGGUGGGAUGGCUAAAGUGUACGAACAAGGAAUACAUCUUAAACGAGGCCGACAUAGAUGGCAACACGGUCUUGCAUAUGGCAACAUCCAACAAUCAAACCGAGGCUGUGGAAUUGUUGUUAAGCGAAGAAUUUAAUUGAAAGAUGGAGAUAAAUGCCAAGAACAAUGAGCACAAUACAGCUUUGGACAUUGCCAUUGGAUUGGAAAGCUUCCGUAGCCUCUACUGUGUGUGUGUGUGCCGAUUUGCCGGCCCCAACUUAUCCCUCACCUCGCUUCCUCAAAAUCUCAGUUUGGUUACUCAAUUGUUGUUUUUUGUGCUUUCAUUUUCAGAUACUGUUUUCAACAGACUGGAACACUUGGACUUGAAAGUUGUAGCAUACAUUAUCCCCUUCGUUCCGCUUUUGAUUGAUUUUAUGUUUACCCUUGUUGUCUAGGUUCCCGUAA